AUGAGCGACCGACGAAUCAUCGUCUCGAUAGACUUCGGGACAACCUACUCGGGGGUCGCGUGGGCAGAAACGUCCCGGCCAGAUGUUCAACACGUGAUAUCUAGUUGGCCAUCGGCCAACUCCUUCCAGAGCAGCCUCAAGGUGCCGACGGAGCUGCGCAAGGUAGCGUCUGGCUGGCAGUGGGGAUUCCAGAUCCCCGAGUCUGCCAAGCGAUACCGGUUCUUCAAGCUGAAGCUAGACGAGCCGCAAAAGGCCAACAAGGAUGGCGAGACGCCACAGGAGCUGACGCGGAUAUAUCUGUCGUGUCUUCAUACGCACUUCAUUAGUGUGUUGGAGAAGCGCUUGUCCCCCAGCAUCGUGCGUUCGACACCCAUGGACUUUGUCGUCACGGUCCCCGCCAUCUGGUCCAAUGCGGCGAAGCAAGCCACCGAGAGGGCGGCAGCAAUGGCUGGCUUCUGUGGCAACCAGAGAAUACAGCUGAUAUCCGAGCCGGAAGCCGCUGCGCUGUACACCAUCAAGUACCUCAGCCCCUCGAUUCUGCAGCGUGGUCGCAAAUUCGUAGUGUGCGACGCCGGCGGAGGGACGGUAGACCUCAUCACGUACGAGAUCACGCGGAUAGACAAACUUGAGGUCAAGGAGGUGACCGAGGGAACCGGAGGCAAGUGCGGCUCGUCCAUGCUCAACAAACGGUUUCGCCGAUUCCUCAAGCAAACUCACGGCGACAAGUAUUGGACCGACGAGCGGCUGGUGGUUGCCCUGAACGAGUUUGAAUCAUUCAAAAAGGAUUUCUCGCCAAAGGGUGAACCCCUCACCAUACGGGUCGAUGAGAGCCUCGGCCUGAAACGUAACCGCUUCACGGUUCCACAGGAGGAGAUGGCUUCGCGAAUAUUCGACCCAAUCAUGAAGGACGUCAUCUGCCUCGUCCGCGAGCAAAUCGCCAUGGCGGGAGAUGACGUCGCAGCGGUCGUACUCGUUGGCGGCUUCGGCCAAAGCCGGCACCUCAAGUCGCAGGUUCGAGACGCGACUCCCGCCGGUAUCAAGGUUCUGCAGCCUGAAAAUGGUUGGAUAGCCGUGGUGAAGGGAGCUGCAAUCCACGGGCUCAACCAGAAUCAGCCGAAGUUGGCCGAGGUGGAGGUGGCUUCUCGAAUUGCCCGGAGAUCAUACGGCACUUGCCUGCUCGCCAAGUACGACUUGAUGAGGCACGACCCAAGGGAAGCGUUCUGGUCCGCCAAGGAAGAAGAGAUGGUGGUGACGGAAAUGUGCUGGUUCAUCAAAAAGGGCCAAUCCUAUCCAGAAGGCAAGCCGUCAUCCAUCGAGUAUCAAUGCGACAUCCCUGUGGGAAUGGGUCAUCUCCCGCAAACGGAAAUCGAGAUCUUCAGUAAUGGCGAAGAGGGCGAACCGCCUGUACACGUCAAUGCGAGGACCCGAUGUGUCGCUACCCUGUCACUUGAUCUGGAAAAGAUUCCCAAGUCGACCAUGUUGGCGGCUGGAAAGACGCGAAUGGGCUGGCACCGAUACUAUUGCCUCAGUGGCGUCAUCGAGGCAAGCUACGGCUCAGCCAUGGUAACGUAUACUGUGAAGCUCGGAGGCGUCACGCACGACGCCAUAACCGUGCGAUACGAAGAUUGA